AUGCUUCCUCUCAGCCCAGAUGGUGCAUUUAAUUUCGAGAUACUCCGCACCCUAGCUCUUGCCCGCUACAGAGGUGCAGACAUCGGUGAAGUCUUGGAAGCAGCGGAGCAUAUCGAACCAGGAAACAUGGAAAGCUUCCACGACGCCUUCGCCAACCUCGCUUCACGCGUCCUAGCACAGGCCGACGGAAUCAAUGCUAAAGCCCACCCUGUUUCCGCACGAGAUGCUUACUUUCGGGCUGCAUCAUAUUUCCGCGCCGCAGACUUCUUCAUUCACGGCAAUCCAAACGACCCCCGAAUCAAUGGUCUCUGGACCCAACAGACACUCGCAUUCGACAAGGCUAUCGCACUCUUGCCCAUUCCCGGGGAGCGUGUUAUCCUCCCAGCGGACAGUUUCAACGUCCAUGGCAUUUUCUUCCGCGCCGAUGACAAUUUCACUAAUCCCAGACCAACUUUGAUUCUCGGGAAUGGGUAUGACGGCGCGCAAGAGGAGAUGCUUCAUGUUUCUGGCUUCGCUGCGCUGGAGAGAGGCUACAACGUUAUUGUUUAUGAGGGACCUGGACAGCCAACGAUUCGCCGAGGGCAGAACCAAGGGUUCAUCCAUGAUUGGGAGAAAGCUGUUACACCCGUUGUUGACUACCUGCUCCAUCAGCCUGAAGUUGACACUGCACGUAUCGGCUUGCUGGGAUACUCGCUCGGUGGAUACUUGUCUGUUCGGGCAGCAGCAUUUGAACACCGCCUGGCAGCUGUCAUAGCCGUGGACGGGCUUUGGGACAUUUAUAAAUCCUUCGCGAAUGAUCUUUUGCCGCCUGAGUGGCUAAAAUCAUUCGAAGCCGGUGAUGCGUUGAGCUUGAAUGCUCAGAUCGAUGAAUUCCGCUCUCAGACUGAUACAUCCACCACACUUCGUUGGAUAAUUGACCAAGGACUGUGGUCUUUCAACGUCGAAGAUGUGAGCGGGUUGCUUGAUGGGAUCAAGAAAAUGACACUGGAGGGGCUCGAGGGCCAAAUUGAAUGUCCAGUUUAUGUCGGUGAUGCGGCCGAUGAUCAUUUCUUUCAGGGACAGCCGGGCUUAGUGAAAGAAAAUAUCGGAGCAAAGGCGACACUUGAUACGUUGACUGCCGUGGACGGGGCAGGUCAUCAUUGCCACGUUGGAGCCGCUGUCAUUAUGAAUCAACGGCUGCUAGAUUGGUUUCACGACAUUGUUUUGAAAUAG